AUGGUUUUUAAUUUGCGCAACUCUUUUUUGACAUAUUUAGCUCUAUUUUCUCUUCUAUCAAACUUUUGCUCUUGCUUCAACUCCAAGAUUCUUACGCUUAAUGUUUCAAAACUUCAAUCUGAUUCUGACUGGUCACCAGCCCAAGUCAGCUGGUAUGGAAGCCCGAAUGGUGCAGGAAGUGAUGGAGGGGCUUGUGGAUAUGGAGAUUCUGUUGGGAAACCAACAUUUUCUUCCCUAAUAACUGCUGCUGCUGCUUCUCUACUCAAAUCAGGAAGGAGCUGUGGAGCUUGUUAUCAGGUAAAAUGUAGUGAAAAUACUGCAUGCUCUGGGAAUCCGGUUACUGUAGUUAUAACAGAUGAGUGUCCUGGUUGUGACCCAGAACCAGUUCUGUUUGAUUUAAGUGGCACUUCCUUUGGAGCCAUGGCACUUGCUGGCAAAGCUGAUCAACUCAGGAACGCCGGACGACUCCAAAUACAAUAUAGAAGAGUGGAUUGCAAUUAUCCUGGAGUAUUACUAUCUUUUCUAGUCGACACGGGUUCCAGCGACUACUAUUUUGCUACUGUGAUUGCAAAUGUAAAUGGGGAUGGUGAGCUUGCAGGAGUUGAGCUCAAAGCAUUGGACUCAAAUUCCUAUCUCCCAAUGCAACGAUCUUGGGGUGCAGUGUGGAAGCUUAAUUCAGAAAAUCCAUUGAAUGCCCCAUUCUCCAUUAAGUUAACUGGGGAUUCUGGGAAGAGUCUUGUGGCCAACAAUGUAAUACCUGCCGGAUGGAAGCCUGGACAGAUUUAUACAUCAGUUGUCAAUUUCUGA